GAACCUCCCCAUAGCGACAAGCAGAAAGGUGGAAGAACCUGCCGGAGCGAACUUAUUUUUGCUUCAGAAAACCAUGCUAUCGAAACACCACUCGGAAGCGAACGCCGAGAACUCACUUAAACCGCUACACCCACGGACUUGAGCCUCACACUCCGGGCGGGUUAUUGUACUUUUCGGGAGUGAGUGCGUGUGUAUGUGUGCAUGGUGCGCUACUUACUAUGGGGAUCUAAUAUGCGCUGCGGGUUGGCUUCAGCACUGAUAAGGAUUCUCGAACUCGAACAUGGCGAGGGGCACGGAGGGAGUCCAUUCCACUACCCUGCUGGUGUCUGUAACGCUCGCUGUCCUUGGGGCUGUACGCGCACAGGUCCCCGGUAACGAAAUUACGGGGUUUAGUCUUAGCCCGCCGUACUUCAACCUGGCAGAAGGAGCUCGGAUAUCUGCAACGGCAACGUGCGGCGAGGAUGAAACGGAAAGACCUCGGUCAGACCUAUACUGCAAGCUUGUUGGCGGACCAACCACUGGGCUACCCAGUCAGACGAUACAGGGCCAGUUCUGUGACCAGUGCAACUCCAACGACCCGAACACAGCGCACCCGGCAAGCAACGCCAUCGACGGGACGGAGCGCUGGUGGCAGAGCCCUCCUCUUUCCCGAGGUCUGAACUACAAUGAGGUGAACAUCACUCUGGACCUGGGACAGCUGUUCCAUGUGGCUUAUAUCCUCAUUAAGUUCGCCAACUCGCCCCGUCCUGAUCUCUGGGUUCUGGAGCGAUCACUGGACUAUGGCAGAACCUACGUCCCCUGGCAGUACUUUGCACAUUUGAAACGGGACUGCAUAGAGGUGUUUGGUAAGCAGCCCAAUGCCCGCAUCGUCCAAGAUGACGAUCAGAUCUGCACAACGGAGUACUCUCGGAUCGUGCCCCUGGAGAACGGAGAGAUUGUGGUGUCGCUUGUCAACGGCCGUCCUGGGUCGAGGAACUUCACCUACUCGCCGGUGCUGAGAGACUUCACCAAGGCCACCAACAUCCGUCUGCGUUUCAUGAGAACCAACACACUCCUGGGACACCUCAUCUCAAAGGCCCAGCGUGACCCCACCGUCACCCGCAGGUAUUACUACAGCAUCAAGGACAUCAGUAUUGGGGGACGCUGUAUGUGUCAUGGUCACGCACAGGUGUGUGGAGCACGCAAUCCUUACAACCCAAACAGGCUGCAGUGUGACUGUCAGCACAACACCUGCGGUGAAUCGUGCGACCGCUGCUGCCCGGGGUUCAAUCAGAAGCCAUGGAGGGCGGCGACUACUGACAGUGCCAACGAAUGCCAACCUUGCCAGUGUCAUUCGCACGCCACCGACUGCUAUUACGACCCGGAGGUGGAGCGCCGAGGGGCAAGUCUCAACAUCUACGGCCAGUAUGACGGAGGAGGCGUUUGCAUCAACUGCCAGCACAACACUGCCGGGGUGAACUGUGAGCGCUGCGCCCCUGGAUUCUAUCGGCCCCACGGAGUCCGACCAGAGUCCCCCUACGCCUGCACGCCCUGCAGGUGUGAUCCCAGGACCACAGCCGGUUGUGAGGAUGGCUCGGGACGCUGCUUCUGCAGGCCCAAUUUCAGCGGGGACAACUGUGACCGCUGCGCAGACGGUUACUAUGGAUUUCCACAGUGCAUCGCGUAUCCUGCCCCCGUUACGUCGACAACCAAAUCCCCUGCAGGAGAUAUCAAGGACCCUGACACCUGCCCUGCGGGAUAUUUCGGACCACCCAACUGCCAGCCAUGCCAGUGUGGAGGCCCAGGGGUGGCGGACUGGGUGUGCGACGGCCGAACGGGGAACUGCAGGUGUCGCCCCGGGUUCCAGGGCAGAUUCUGUGACCGCUGCACCCCGGGAAACUUCAACUACCCCAACUGCCAAGGGUGUCCGUGCCACCCCGAGGGGACGCUCAGGGAGGUGUGCGACGCGUCGGGACGGUGCCUGUGCCGUCCGGAGGUGGAGGGGCCGCAGUGUGACCGCUGUCGCCCGGGAUACCACUCCUUCCCGAACUGUCAGGUCUGCCGAUGUGACGGAGUGGGCGUGGCCGACAGGGUCUGUGGCCCCGGAGGCGAGUGCAAGUGCCACAGCAACUACGCAGGACGCCAGUGUGAACGCUGUGCCACUGGUUACUAUGGCUACCCCAACUGUGCAGCCUGUCAAUGCUCUCGGGAGGGCUCCUACGAUGUGUCAUGUGACCCGGCCUCUGGGCAGUGUCAGUGUCGGCCCGGCGUUUCGGGACAGCGCUGUGACCAAUGCACCCAGGGGGGCCGAUUCCCCCAGUGCGGAGUGCCUGAAAGCCAGUGUAAUCCUGUGGGCACAGACCUGAGAAGAGUGGACCCAAAUUCAGGCUUCUGCCCUUGUCUGCCGGAUGUAGAAGGCCCCCUCUGUGACAGAUGCAAGCCUCUCUUUUGGAACCUGUCCCCUGAGAAUCCCAACGGCUGCACAGAGUGCCUUUGUGAUGGAAAAGGUACGCUUAGUGGAGUCGGGGAAUGCAAACAGGAGAAUGGUGAGUGCUACUGUAAGCCAAAUACCUGCGACCAUACCUGCAACACAUGUAAGGAGGGCUACUACCUGCUGCAGAAGAAGAACUAUUUUGGCUGCCAAGGCUGCCAGUGUGACGUGGGCGGGGCUGUGAGCCCAGGCUGUAGCGAACCAUCAGGACAGUGUCAGUGCCGCAAACAUGUGGAGGGGCGCACCUGCACCCAACCGGAGACGAACUUUUAUUUCCCUGACCUCCAUCAUAUGAAAUACGAGGUGGAGGAUGGCAUCACCCCUAACGGCAGGCCCGUACGCUUUGGGUACGACCCAAAGGAGUUUCCAGACUUUAGCUGGAGGGGCUACGCCACCAUGUCCCCUGCUCAGAGUGAAGUCAGAGUAACAGUGCAUGUGGACGAGAGAAAGCACUCUUUGUUCCGCGUGGUCCUGCGCUUCGCUAACCCCAGCGGCGAGACUGUGACCGGUCGCGUCACUGCCUCCCUAGUCCGGGGUGCCGAAGGGCCAGGGCAGAGUAAGGAGGUGGUGUUCCCACCCACUGCCACACCUGCCUUCCUCACCGUCCCGGGGAACGGGUUUGUGGAAGCAUUCCCUCUGGUUCCUGGGAAGUGGGCGAUUCACAUCCGGGCCGAGGGAGUGCUACUGGACUACCUCGUGUUGCUGCCCAGCAGUUACUACGAAGCUCCGAUUUUGCAAGAUAAGAUUACGGAGGCGUGCUCUUAUCUGAGCACAGCAGAAAACCACAGCAGAAACUGUCUGUUGUACAGGCACACGCCGAUGGACAGGUUUCCCUCCGCACUGGGGUCUCAGGGUGUGUACUCGUCACGCGGGAGGAGGAAGAGGCAGGUUCGCCUGCGGAGACCCACCGCCGAGCACCCCGAGAUGGCCUCCAUCAGCGGGAGACAGGCUCAGCUGCAGCUGACACUACGGGUGCCUGCACCGGGUCAGUACGCGCUGGUUCUGGAGUACGCCAGCGAGGUGGACACGGUCCAGAACGUCAACCUGCUCAUCAGCGGCCAGGCCGAGGCCCAAGCCAGAGUCAACAUCUACAGCUGCGCAUACAGCUUCCUUUGCCGUGGCGUAGCAGUGGACUGGAGCAGUCGCGUGGCUGAGUUUCAGCUGAACCACAAGACUGACCUCUUCCUGCAGACCUCCACUGCCUCCUUCCUCCUGCACAAGGUUUAUGCGGUGCCUAUUGAGGACUUCUGUAUGGAGUAUGUUGAUCCCAAGGUGUUUUGCGUCCAUCGGCGAUCCUCAGAGGACAGCCGGUCCUGCGUCCCGUCCCAGUACGAGCUGCCCUCCUUGGCGCUGCUUUUGGAGGCUGCCCGCGAGGGCCGCCUCUCCGUCCCCGCCCCCGGGAGGCGGAGCCGACAGGCCGCGCCCCAGUCCCUCAGCGCGCCCCCCCGGGAAGGGGUCCUGCUCAAAUCCCCCCAGACUGAGAUCAAUUUCCAUGCCCGGGCCCCGGCUGCGGGCAGGUACGUGUUCGUGGUCCACUUCCGCCAGCUGGAACACCUCUCCUUCCCUGUAGAAGUGCAGGUGGAUGGAGGGCGACCCUGGACAGGCUCCGUCAACGCCUACUUCUGCCCGCACGUCUCCGGGUGCCGGGAUGUGGUCGUCGCCGAGCGGCGCAUCGCCUUGGGUCUUCCCCGGCAACAGUUCACCAUCACACUCAGAAUUCCCCCCGGGAAAACCCUCACUCUGGAUUAUAUCUUGGUAGUUCCAGAUGAUAGCUAUCGCCCCGAGAUUCUCAAAGAAAAGCCACUGGACAAAUCCUCUGAUUUCAUCAGCCAGUGUGGGGGUAACAGCUUUUACAUAAACUCCAGCUCCUCCCAGUUCUGCAGAGACUCCGCCCGCUCCCUGGUGGCGUUCUUCAAUGAUGGAGCCCUGCCUUGCAACUGUGACAAGAUCGGGGCCACCGGCCCCACCUGCGCCCCCGUGGGGGGGCAGUGCCCCUGCAGACCCAAUGUCAUUGGCCGAAAGUGCACGCGUUGCGCCACCGGGUACUACGGCUUCCCCUACUGCAGACCCUGUGAGUGUGGGAAACGCCUCUGUGACGAGGUGACCGGCCAGUGCAUCUGCCCGCCCCAGACGGUCAAGCCGGCCUGUGACGUGUGCGAGAGCCAAACCUUCAGCUACCACCCCCUGCUGGGCUGCGAAGGGUGUGACUGCUCGCCCAACGGGGUCGUAAACCCGGCCGAGGGUGACUGCGAUCAGGACACUGGCCAGUGCUCGUGUAAGGACCGGGUCGGGGGGCGACAGUGUGACCGCUGUACCCCAGGUUAUUAUCGCUUCCCUAAGUGUGUGCCGUGUAACUGCAAACAGGGGGGUACGGUGCCUGAGGUGUGCCACCCUCAAACUGGAGUGUGUCUUUGCAAGAAAAACGUGGAAGGAGCCAAAUGUGACUCUUGUCGGGCGGGGUCAUUCCACUUCGACGCAGCCAAUCCCAAAGGAUGCACCAGCUGCUUCUGUUUCGGAGCCACAACUAAGUGCCGGAGUUCAGACAAACGCAGAGCAAAGUUUGUGGACAUGCAGAGCUGGCGCCUGGAGAAGAGCAAUCAGGAGGAGGUAUCCUCAGUUUACAAUCCAGCAAGCAACACUGUGGUGGCAGAUGUUCAGGAGCUACCUGCUGCUGUCCAAAACCUCCACUGGGUGGCGCCACCAUCUUACCUGGGGGACAGGGUGUCCUCGUAUGGCGGCUACCUGACCUACCAGGUGAAGUCGUUUGGCAUUCCCAGCGAGGGCAUGGCCCUCCUGGACAGAAGGCCGGACAUCCAGCUCAAAGGAGAGCAGAUGACCCUGGUCCACCAGGACCCCAUGGCACCCUCUCCGGACAGACUGUUUCACGGAAGAGUCCAGCUACUCGAGGGUAACUUCUGCCAUGGCGGCACCAACCGGCCCGUGUCCCGAGAGGAGCUGAUGAUGGUGCUGGCGGGCCUGGAGGACCUGCGAAUCCGGGGGCUCUAUUUCGCCCAGAGCCAGCGCCUGAGCCUGGGGGAGGUGGGCCUGGAGCAGGCCAGCCCCACGGGCAGCGGGGCGUCCGCCAGCACCGUGGAGGUGUGCGAGUGCCCGCCGGGGCACAGGGGGGACUCCUGCCAGAAAUGCGCUCCCGGUCACUACAGGGAGAGGAAAGGGCUGUACCUGGGCCACUGUGUCCCUUGCUCCUGUAAUGGCCUCUCCAAUGAGUGUGACGAAGCCACCGGGAGAUGUCUGAACUGCAAGCACAACACGGCCGGUGACCAAUGCGAGCGCUGCAAGGAGGGUUACUACGGCAAUGCCGCUGAGAGGACGUGCCAGGUCUGCCCAUGUCCGUUCAACGCGGAGUCCAACAGCUUUGCUACCAGCUGUAGGCAGGUUGCUGGAGGUUUUGAGUGUGUGUGCAAGCAAGGCUACACUGGACCCAGAUGUGGAAGGUGUGCUCCUGGUUAUUAUGGUGAUCCCAUGGCCUUCAAGGGUAGUUGUCUCCCAUGCAACUGCAAUGGUAACCCCGGGGGCUGUGACUCUAGGACUGGAGUGUGCAAGAACUCACUGGAGCCUAAAGACACCACAGAUGAGCAGUGUCAAGACUGUGAUAACUGCGUCCAGACCUUACUGAACGAUCUGGAGAGACUGGACGCCGAGCUGUCAAAGCUGAAGUCCCAGCUGGAGAACGUCAGCGCCAGCUCAGCAGCCAAGGACCGUCUGAAGAAGCUGGAGGACGCCAUCACCGCCACCAAGAAUCUUGUUAAGAAAUACAACACCACCGUCAGCAGUCAGAUACCGAAGGUCAAACAGCUGGAAGAGGAGGCCCUGGUUCUGAAUGAUGACAUAGGCGUACUCAAGAAAAAGGCUAACAAUAAUUCCGAAACUGCAAAGAAGGCCAUAGAGGAGGCGGACAAGACACACCAGAGAGCCAAAGACCUGAUGUCCGAGAUUGAGAGCCUAAUCAAGAAAAUAAACGACCUCCUGAAGCAGCUGUCCAACAUGACCAAUACCGGAGGCGUGGUGCCCAACGAGGAGCUGGAGAAGAUGCUGGCGGAUGCAGAACGCAUGCUGAAGGAGAUGACAGACCGCAGUUUCAGUGACCCGAAGAAGGCGGCCGAGACGGAGAGAGAGGAGGCGCGGAAACUGCUGGACUACAUUAAGAACAACGUGACACGGCAAUACGACAUCAAUAAGGAAACUGCCGACCGGCUUGCUGGCUUACUGAAACAGCAUGAGGACAAGCUGAAAGACCUGGAGGAGGCUCUGAAGGAGGCGGACGACACCGUAAAGAAAGCCAACCGCCAGAACGGACUCAACGGCCAGGCUCUGAAGGAAAUUCUGAAACGAAAGGAAGACCUGGAGAAGGAGCGCAAGAAAGUAGCCGACCAAAUCACAAUGGCGAAAGACCAGCUGAAGGACACAGCAGACCUCCUGCGUAUGCUGGAAGACAGCAAAAAGGAGUACGAGGAGCUGGCGGCACAGCUAGAUGGAGCCAAAACCGAUCUCAUCAAAAAGGUCAACAAUAUCUCCCUGGCUGCAUCAAAGGAGGACAUUGUGAACAAGGCAGAAGAACACGCUAGGACCCUGGAACGGCUGGCUAAUGAGUUGAAAGAGGCCGUGAGGAACGGCAGCGGCAGCGCCGAGGUGCGCUGCGCCGUGGACGCCAUCGACGCCUACAAGAACAUCACCGAGGCCAUCAAGGCGGCAGAGGAGGCGGCCAAAGAGGCCAAAGAGGCGGCAGACAAAGCUCUGAGGGAUGUACAGGGUCAGGAUCUGACCAAGAGAGCCAAGGACCUCAAAGACAAAGGCAGUGCACUUCUGGAUCAAGCCACAAACGCAGAAAAGGACCUGAAUGCUGCCACAGAUGAACUGGACGCUCAGAAGAAACGCUUAAACAAGGCAGAGAAGAAGAAGGAAGCCCUGAAGAAGGACCUCAAAGCCGCCAAAGAUGAGCUAGACAAGAUUAACCGAGACGAUAUUGGUGACAUCAUAGACAUGGCCAAGACUACGGCCGCCGGCGCUAAUGACACAGCCAACGAAGUAAUGGACCGGAUCAACACCAUCAAAGAUGAGGUGGACAAGAUCAAGGUUCUUCCUGUGGAUUCUAACCUUGACAGUCUGCUGAAUGAUGUUGAUAAUUCAGUGAAAAACCUCUCCAAUGCCAUCCCUUCACUCCUGGACAAAAUCAAAGACAUUGAUGAUCUGAGCUCUCAGAUACCCCCUAGCAACAAUGUGUCGGAGAACAUCAAGAGGAUCAAGGAGCUGAUAGAGCUGGCCCGGGAUGCUGCCAACAGGAUCACGGUGCCCAUGAAGUUUUUGGGUGACAGCUACGUGGAACUGCGCACCCCCUCUAACCUGGAUGACCUUAGGGCCUACACCUCCGUCUCCCUGUCCCUGCAGAGGCCCAACUCCCCGUCCUCCGACAGCGGAAGAGGCGAUGGGGCCCGUGCCCGCCGGCAGACCCCUGUCGAUGACGGCAAUUUGUUUGUGCUGUAUCUUGGCAGCACCGAUACCUCUAAAGACUACAUAGGAAUGGUCCUGAGAAACAACCAGCUCUUCUGCAUCUACAAGCUGAACGGAGUGGAGUACGAGGUCGAGACCGAUUUCAUCACCAAGUCCGAGUCAGAGCCGUCCUACUUCGACAAAGUGGACCUCAUGAGGAUUUACGAGGAUGUCAAAGUUAAUCUGACAAAGUUCUACACGUCGAACAAACCCUCCCCUACUGUGUCGUACACAAAUCGUGGAGAUCCAAUCCGGAACCUUCUCAGUCUGAAGCCAGAAGAAGUGGUCUUCUACGUGGGCGGAUACCCCGAUGACUUCACUCCUCCCAAAUUACUCAACUACCCAAAAUAUAAAGGCUGCAUUGAAAUGUCCACAUUCAAUGAGAGGUUCAUCAGCCUAUACAACUUCAAGAAGGUUGUUAACGUUGGUCAGACGCCAUGUAAGAGGUACGUCCCGUCAGAGCUGUUCCUGUACUUUGAGGGUAGCGGCUAUGCCAAGCUGCCAAUAGAAAGGAUCACAUCCACGCUCAUUUUUUCACAAAGUGUCUUCACGCAAUCAGAAAACGCAGUGCUUUUGUACAUCGGAAACGAGGACACCUACUACAUGGUCACUGUCGAAAGAGGGUAUGUCGUACUGCGGGGAAGACAAGGUGACAGAAUGCUGGAAACUGUGCGGAGUGCUACAAAGGAAUUCCCUCUGGAGAAAGAAGAGGAUAUUCUCAUUAUCCUGUCAAGCUCAAACAACCUUGUGAAUGUUCGCAUCAGAGGCAAGAAUAUAGUAUCUUUCCCCUACACCCCUGGACAGUUCAAAACCUAUUACCUUGGCGGUCUUCCACUAUCAUUGAGAGAAAGGCACAACAUUACCACUCCACCGCUGAAGGGAUGCGUGAAGAAUGUCAAGCUGGGCGGCAGUUACCCCACGUUCGAGGAGAAAGUGGGCAUCAGCCGAGGCUGUCCGACAAACUUCCUGGCCUCGCGCAAAGCUGAGUUCAGCCUCGGCAGUUCCCUGUCUACACCCUCAACAGACUUCAGUCUGACUGGCGACGUGUCCAUCUCCCUCGGCUUCAAGAGCACAGAGAAAAACAGCCUACUGCUGAAGAACAGCCAAGCGGGCAGUGGUAUUGAACUCUCCUUGCAAAAUGGCCUUCUGCUCGUCAAGUUCAAUGACAAAACAUGGAAGUCAACUAAGUCAUACGAAGAUGGUGAAUGGCACUAUUUGACAGUCACCAAAACAGGGCAAAGCCUUCAGCUGUGGAUCGACGAGGAGGAGGAGGGACGGCUGAAUGACCUCACACCUGUUAGCUCCGAUGGAGGAGACAUCAUCCUGGGCAAAGACACCUUCAAGGGCUGUCUCACUAACCUUUACAUGAGGAGGGCUCUGUACCAGCCAGAGGACCUCAGCAAGUUCACCUCCAGCGGCGACGUGCUGCUGGACGUGUGCAGCGCCGAGCGGCCGCCCCUGCUCAUGCUGGCCAAUCGCAACCGCACCGCCAGCGCCGGCUCCAUGACGAAGGAAGAGGCAAGGGAUGACCACACCUCUUCAUGCAGACUGCCCACCCCAGUCAAACACAGCUACCGUCUCGGAGGGUCCGCCAGCUACCUGAGCUACAGCAUUGCCCCGGACACUCUCAAGAACAGGCCCCACUUCUCUCUGGACGUGAGGACCACCUCGGCGGAUGGCCUCUUGCUCUACGCGGCCAGCAGCAGGGGCAGCUCUCACCUGGCCCUCUACAUGGCCAAGGGCAGGAUCAGACUGUCCAUCGGAGGCAAACGGCACAUCUUCAACAGGGAGAAGUACAGCGAUGGGAAGUGGCACACGGUCAUGUUCAGCUGGGAGAGGCGGAAAUUCCGCCUGGUGGUGGACGGUCUUCGCGCACAUGAUGGUCAACUGUCCCCCGAUGAGGCCAGAUCCUUUAGCCUGCAGUCACCUGUCUACCUGGGCGGUGUCCCAGCGUCCAUACACACGGAACAACAGUGGAAGGCGGUCCCCAGGCAAGGCGUGAUUGGAUGCAUUCGUAAUUUCAAGAUGAACGGCCAGCCCAUGACAGAGCCCACAGCCAAUCACGGGGCAGCGCCCUGUUUUGACGGACCCACAGAGGAAGGAGCCUAUUUCUCAGGAAACGGGGGAUACGCCGUCAUAGAGGAGUCCUUCGUAGUGGGCGUGAGCUUUGAGCUGGUGUUUGAGGUUCGCCCCAGAAACCUGACGGGGGUUCUUUUCCACAUCGGUGGCAGUCAUGGACAUCACCUGAGCCUGUUCCUGCGGAAGGGGGAGGUGGUGGUCCAGGUGAACAAUGGAGCAGGUGUAUUCAGCGUGUCUGUGGCUCCGCAGCAGACACUGUGUGACGGCAUGUUCCACCGAGUGGCAGUCAUCAAGCGGAACAAUGUCGUUCAGCUGGACGUUGACGCGGAGGAGCAGUACAAAGUGGGACCGUCCUCCGCCGUCUCCACCAGGACCAGGGAUCCUCUCUAUGUCGGAGGCAUUCCAGAAACCUCACAGCACACGCAACCGCCCGUCAGGACGUCUUUCGUCGGCUGCCUGCAGAACGUUCGGAUCAACGGAAACGUCGUCUCCUUCGAUAAAGUCGCUCGCGUGGUCGGACCCGUUAACCUUAGAGAGUGCCCCGCCAGCUGAGAGCACGCUGCUGUCAGGGAAGGACUCACCACUAAGUGCAAUCAAUCAUGCGGAUACGAGGAGUAUAUUGUAUCGAAACGAAUGGUUUCCCAAUUAACGAGCAUAUCUCUGUUUUAUCGACAUUUGCAAUGUAAAGAACUGUCAGGAAUUUCCAUUUAGACGUGUCUAUAUUUUUUUUGUAAUUUAUUUUAAGAUGAAUUGAUGUACUCCCCUCGUCCUUAUGUUGAACAUAUUGUAAUCUUGUAAUGUGUGCUAUUUUUUUUCCCACGGUCUCUUUUUAUUUGUGUCAGUUUUUAUCGCGCUCCAUAAAUGCAAUGAAUGGAUCACAGCCCUGUCACGUGAAGAUGUAUUGACUAGUUCGCGAUUCGUCGGGGCCUGCGGAGCAAAAUAACUAUGUGCACUUUGUUAAAUGCCAUUUAAAAG